AUUAACACUUGCUAAGAUGAGUGCAAGAGAGAGGGGAUUUGAAAAAGCACCAAACUCCGGGUGAUUUCACUCAUGAGGGAAGUUGAGCCGCGAGCUAACAGGAAGUCUUUUCCCUCAAGAGCAAACCAAGUGUUGUUACUGUAAAAGCAGCUGACCUUGUGGCUUCUGUCGGGAAGGAAUGCAUGCAGAGGAGACAGACAGGGAGAAAAACAGGAGCUCAUUCAGUACAGAGGAUCACCCUCCAGUGCAUACGUACAGUCUCUCCCUCUCUCUCUCCCUCCCUCUCUCACUUUCUCUGUGACUCGCCCACUUAGUAUCAUUUCAUCUCUCCCUCUCUCACUCUCUCUGUCUCACUCUAUCUCUCUCCCUCUCUCACUCUCUCUCACACUCAGUCGCUGUGCUCUGACGGAUGGGGAUACACUGCCAAGGAGGACUUAGGGGUGAGAAGAGUGUGUUUCUUUUCUUCUCUGGUGUGUUUUCUUUCUCCUCCGCCUGGCUUCCCUCGUGUGCUGUUAAUUCCAGCCCCAGUCCCAAGGAUGAGGAGGAUCUAUUUGUGAGGAAGACACAACAAAGGAAGAGGGAACAAGGAGCAACAGGGUGGUAAAUUCUGUGAGCGGGAGUGAGCGAGAAGAUCUUUUUUCUCCAGGCUCGUGCAAGGAGUCCUGACUCCCGGCAGCAGCCAUGUGAGAGGAGCCGUCAGCGAGCAGAGGAUGCCCACGUCCAGCUAAAGCAGAACAGCCCUCCCCCUCUCUCCUCCCUCCCCUCCUGCUCCCUCCCUCCUUCCCACAUGAGGACAGGAAGAUGACUAUCACCAGUCGGCAGUCCUUCAAUGUCCUGACGGUCAUCUUCCUCCUGCUGUCCACUGCAGCCCGCUCAGCUCACUACCGAGUGUGUGAACCCUACUCUGACCACAAAGGGCGGUACCACUUUGGCUUUCACUGCCCACGCCUCUCCGACAACAAGACCUACAUGUUCUGCUGUCACCACAACAACACCGCCUUCAAGUACUGCUGCAACGAGACCGAGUUCCAGAUGGUCAUGCAGAUCAACCUCACCACCACCUCAGACGGUUAUGCACACAAUAAUUAUACAGCCCUAGUCGGGGUGUGGAUCUAUGGCUUCUUCGUCAUGGUGCUGCUGGCCCUGGACUUCCUCUACUACUCAGCCAUAAAUUACGAGCUGUGCCGGAUCUACCUGGAGAAAUGGGGUCUGGGAGGGCGCUGGCUGAAAAAGGCUCGGAGUCAGUGGCACAGGUCCAUGCCAGAGGAGAGCGAAACCCAGGACCAGGUCCAGCCCCAGCCCAUGGUUCCCAGCCACUACCAGCCCCGACAUAGCCUCCGAGGGGAGAGCCACAGCCCCACGCUCCUGCCCUACAACACCUCCACCGCAUGAAUAAUGCUGCGAGUGGACCAACAGAAGAGUAGCAACGCCUGGUUUCCUUACAUGGUACAGAGGAGAUGUCCCACAGUCGCCCUUCUCCGGACCGCUGACACAACACCGCUGGUGGGCUAGCCAUACUGUAGUAGUUAGAAGUGACUACUGCCCCUUUCUAAUGAGCACAAAACACCCCUGGACUGACAGAAGCAGGCCUAUAUGGCAAUUAGAAACAGCUGAACAAAGGCUGCGAGGACACAAAGAGGAGCGCACUGCUGCCGCCACAGCAGAGCAGAGACAGAUAAAUUCACCUGCUCAUGAAACGGCUGUCCAGGCCUGGUGUAUCCCAAACAAAUCUCAGCUGAACUGGAUAGACUGUACUCGCAAGUGAGAAGGCUUGCGUGUUUAAAAUGGGGGGAAAAAAGGCAAAAAAAGAGCUCAUCUUUCUAGAUAUAAAAUGUUAAUUACACUGCUGUGUCAUUUUGUGUUCAGUAGCAGUUAGACACAGUUGUGGGUUAUCUAUUUGGUGAUUUAUUUAUGUGAACUAGUCAGAGAAGUAUAUGAGUGGCGAACUUUCUGAACAUGUAACGGCUUAGGUUGAUGCUGAGCAUCUCACUUAGAGUAGAAUGUUUUGUUACCUACUGAAACCAGACAAAAGGUCUGUUGAAAAACAACAUCUUGUAUGAAAUGUUUUCUCCUUCGGCGAAACAAGUGAUUUCUCUGUAUUGUGUCUGACGAGGACAUACAGUGUCACCGCUGUAGGUCGAAAGGUUUGACUGGAGGUCAUCAAGAUUUCUCUCUCUUCAUCCAAAACAUUAAUGAGGAUCAGGGAUACCUUUACAAGCAUAAACUUAACCUAGAAACACUUCUGAUAUCCUGACUUAUACAGUUAGUUCAUGACAGUGUCCUCCUUUACCCCAUCCAGCAGCUUUCCUCAGUACUGGAGCUGCCUGAAUCUGCUUAGCAAUAUGAUGCUAGUUCUUUUUAAGUUCUGUAUCCCGCAUUGCUAAUAGACAAUUGUAAGUGAUUAGCCAUAAUAGAAAAUGGAAAAAAAAAAUACAUCCAUUAACCCCCCUCACUGUCAGCAAUAAUGUACAGUAGCUUAAUCAGAGGGAUGAUGUGGUAUGUAGAAGCCAGAGGGGCCGGCAAAAAUGAGCAGCGUGUAAUCACUGAGGUGUAUCAUAGACGUUUCAGCUCAGUUUGCAGUUAAUAAGAAGGUGGAGUCGAUGACAUGGACAUUUCUGGAUGACGAACUCAUCUCAAAAAGACCUCCAAAGAUUUCUGUGUCAGCUUUGUAGGAGAAAAAGGGUUCAAUAAUGAUCAGUGUGUGAAGGAGAGCUCUUAGUUUACGGCUGCAAGUAAUCAUUACUUGCCCUCUCAGUGUGGUGAACGAUGGCCGUUAUAAUUUACAGCAGCCCGGGGUCAUGUGUUUGAAUGUUUGUUUUAUUUAACCAACAGCCCAAGAACUGAGAUUUUCUAAGCAGUGAUUAUGUGGCAUUUGGGUUUAACAAACAGCGAAUACAUUAGUAAAAUGAAAUAAUCUCGCACCACCACUAAAGAUUCAUUUUAUUCUUAAUUAUUUAGUUAUUUACUCAGAAAAUGUUGAAAAAUACCUCCAGUAGUUUGACGAUGUUGUUGUCUUUUGUAUUUAAAACAACAGUCCUCAUUCAAAGAUUUAAAUCACGAUCACUUGGACGGAAGAUAGGCAGAAAAUUAUUACAUCGGAGGAGCUGAAACGAGAGAACAGUUUGGUAUUUUUGCUUGAUAAAUGAAUGAAUAGCUGCAGAGUUAUAAUCAGCUGACUGAUUGAUAAACAGUUUCAGCUCUGCAAUGAAGGAAAAGUUUUUACCCUCACGGUCAAACUUGAAUCAACCAUCCAUAAAAUGCUGCUGCUGUCAGUUCCACUUUUUACAUUAUCGAGGAGGUGUGAGGUACAGUAGGAGGAGGGAGUCCCAGUCCUCCACCUGCAGCUGGUCACCUGACAGCUGUUGAUGCUGUGCGUUCACAGGAUCCCCGGUCGGAUGAAAAGCUAACGGGAGCCAGCCGUGGGACCUGAAUGUGGCCUACAUCUCUCACCUCCCUGUUUCAUGAAGUUUAAGUGGAGCCUAACAGAGCUGCAGUCGAGUGCCGUGAAGGGGCCUGCCAGCGUCGUCCUCCGUUAUCAGCAAUAAUAUUCAAAUUUGCUGAGUUGUUAGAGCAAGUUAAUUCCCAUUUCAAUAGCGAAAGUUUAAUUGCGUGCGCGCUCCAGCAGACUUGUGCCAUCGCUUUCAGGGGCAGAGAAGCAGGAUGUGUCCAAGUGAAAUAAUUGGCCCAGAGUUCAGCAGUGGUUCAAAAUUACUCUCUCUCGAUCGCCCUCUCUUUCUCCCCCGGCUAGCUGCCUCCUUAUUCCCACAGUGUGAACAGCAGCAGCAAACAGGGAGGAGAGAUUUUUAACAGGUGCAGCAGGACAAAGCAGAUUUAAUUAGUCCUCAAUGCUGCAUAAGUGCGGAAAAAUCGGAUGUAUUAAAGAGUAUGUUGCCUUUCAGGGCUUCAUGUUGCGUGUUUUGACCUGUAAUAAGACAGAAGAGGUUUGCUCUUAUCACCGAUAAUGUAAUACAGUAGUCACACCCAGGGAAUUAUAAAAGCUGCGGUUUGCCUUUCAUGAGUAGUAGCAGGGUCAACUAUGGAUUCCCUCAUAGACAAAUGAGGAGCCUUUCCCCUGUUUUUUUCUGUUAUUUUUUAUUUUUUUUAAUGUUACAACUUGGUUGUGUGAUGUUUUCUGUUUUGUUGAAAACAGUCUGGCCUGAUGUGAUGUGGUACUGUAAAUCGUAUCCGCUCAACCCUCUUCCCAUGUUACAAAAAAAUGUUAAAAAAUGUAAAAAAAAUAAAUAAAAAAAAAGACGAUGGGAAGAAGGAAGCGCACAUCUGUUUCAGUCUCUCCAGGUUGUCAUGGUAACAGUUGCCUUACAGUUGAAUACCCACCUGUACACAGAAGCUUUGUAGUGGUUGAUACCUCACUUUUUGGGUGUGGUGGUGAUGAUGCUAAUGUGCACCGCGUUCUGUCUAUGUAUUUCCUACUAGAUAGAAUGUUCAGUACCGUUUUCGGUUGGAUUGUUCUUGCACUUGUUGACUUUGUAUCGUCACGACAGGGAGAAAUAAAGUUUUAUCUUUUCCAGUGUGUUUAAA